AUGGGCACGGUGCUGUCCAUCUCCCCCUCAUUAGGGAGGGAACACAGACUGAUUGAAGAAGAAGAAACCAGGAUUAGAAGCCUAAGCAAACCAAGGGUAAUCAUUUCGACUUUUGCGUUAAAGCUGGUCAAGCAUAAAAAUGGCAUAAAGGUGAACCCACAUCCUGUACAAGCUCAGACGGAUGUAAAGAAAUGCACAGAUAAAACUAAGAAUAAAACUGAGAACCUGGAUGUGGUUCCAUCUCAAAGGCUGGAACAACGGGAACCUCCAGUCGAAAAGCAGAUCAACCAGACGGAGAAGCAACAAAGCCAGCAGGUCAUCACGUCUCCGGUUCACGUCAUCGUCCAAGCAUCCUCCUGCGAACUUCUGCUCUGUUUGGGUCGAUUCAUUCGGUCUCGGUGCCUUAAAAUCACGGAUCUAACCGCGAACGAGGUGAUCGCUUGGUUCAGAAAUGUAGACCGAUCUCUUUUGUUGCAAGGCUGGCAGGAACAAGGUUUCAUCACCGCACCUAGCCUGGUCUUCGUCUACUUGCUUUGCAGGGAAACUGUCAGCAAAGACAUCGAGAGUCCAGUCGAGCUCCACGGUGUGUUUCUGACCUGCCUGUACCUCACCUACUCUUACCUGGGGAAUGAAAUUUCCUACCCGCUCACACCCUUCAUUGCAGAAGGUAAUAAGGACGUGUUCUGGCAGCAGGCCCUGAAUAUCAUCGAUAAGCUCAGUUCCAAAAUGCUCAGGAUUCAUAUGGACCAGCGUUUCUUUGUAGAGGUUUUCCAAGAACUCAAAAGCGAAGGGGAGGUAAAGAAAGGUGGUGAUAAGAACCACUGA